CCGUGGUAGUUAAUAUUAUAUUUCACACAUUGUUUUGUAGUUCUAUUACUUAAAUUUGUGUUUAGAAGAUUAUGUUCUAUCUUCUAUAGUAGUUAAAAACUUACAAACUACUUGUUAAUAAUAUCACAUAUACAAAUUAAAAAUAAAAACAUUCUAAAGAUUAUACUUAAACUUUUCUGAUCAAUUAUUAUAAUAUAGAAAUUUCAAAAUACUACAUAAGAAUAUAAGACGACAAUACACAUAAAUCCAACAGAUUAAGAAUUCAAUACUUACCAACUUGAGUCAUCAAUUAUAGAAAUUAUGUCCGAGGAAGAUAAAAUUGAAGACUUUGCAUGUGUAGAAGAAUCUCCCAAAAGAGGACCAACUCUUUCAACUAGCACUAGUAGUUUUGAACGUAAUGAUCCUCAUGAUCCUAAUUUAAGCUUAUUAUCCACUAAAAUGUUUGAAAAAACAUCUGAAUAUUUGAUGGGAGAACUUAAUAUUACUGAGGAGGAUUAUAAAUUAUUGGAAACCAUGAAUAAAGUCACCAUGCAAAAAUAUGCAUCUUAUAGACAAAUUGCUUCAGAUGUUGGCAAACAAAUCAUUGAACUAAAUGAAAAAUAUAAAUCAUUAGAACCAUACCUUUCUCAAAUUGACCAGAUUGAAGAUAGUGUUUCAAAGCUAGAACAAGCAGCGUUUAAGUUAGAUGCAUAUGCCAAAAGAUUGGAAGCAAAAUACAAAAGUUUAGAAAAACGACAAUAAUUUUAAUGUUAUUUCAUUUUUUUUUUUUUUUGUAUCCUGUGAUAAGUUUAACAUAAUUAUCUAUAUUGAAUAAUAAAUAAAUAUAUAAACUAUUAAUUUCUUUGAAUUAAAGUACAUUUUAUUUUCAUAUUUUUUUAAAAAUUGUACAACAAUUAUUUUAUGUUUAAACUACUAAAUCAAUUUUAUAUAUAGAUAAAUUAAAUUUUGAGUUAUGGUUGUAGUAUAAUUAAUUAAUAAUAUCUGAGUUUUAGUUAA